AUUGAAGUAUCAGGGACAGAAAGUAGUUUGGAUGAUGUGUUUUGCCAGCGUAUCUCUGCAAUUUCUGUUUUAACAAUGGACAAGUGUAAGCACAUAGGACGUCUGCGACUGGCCCAAGAUCACUCCAUUCUCAAUCCUCAGAAAUGGCAUUGCGUGGACUGCAAUACUACCGAAUCUGUGUGGGCAUGCCUCAGCUGCUCGCAUGUGGCGUGUGGGAGAUACAUUGAAGAACAUGCACUAAAGCACUUUCAGGAGAGGAGUCACCCGGUGGCAUUAGAAGUCAACGAGCUGUACGUUUUCUGUUAUCUCUGCGAUGAUUAUGUUCUUAAUGAUAACGCAACUGGUGAUUUAAAACUUUUGAGAAGUACAUUAAGUGCAAUCAAGAGUCAAAACUAUGAAUGCACUACUCGAAGCGGAAGGACUUUGCGUUCUAUGGGUGCAAGUGAUGAUUCUUACCUUUCACAUGGUGGUGCCCAAGCCUUGCUUCGGAAUGAAGAUCGCAUGUUCACGGCUCUCUGGCACCGACGGCGUGCGCUCCUGGGCAAAAUAUUCAGAUCAUGGCUUGAGUUGACGCCUACUGGGAAAAAGAUUUUGGAAGAAGAAAGGCGUCAGGAAGAAGCAGAGGAAAGAAGGGACAAAGCUAGGAAAAGAAGACAGGAACGAAAGCGUGAGUUGAAAGCAGAGAUGGAAAAGAUGCCUCCAAGAAAGAGUAGUCGUUUACAAAAUCAGAUUAGAAUGUCCUCAGAAACAGCACCCUGCCUACAAAAAACAUCACAGAACAUGGAGUCUGUGGCAGAAUUGAAAAAAACUUAUACCUCAGAUGAAGUAAGAUUGAAAAAAAUAAGUGACUCUCCAAUUAAACGAAGGCCCACGGUGACUCCUGGGGUAACAGGACUGAGAAACCUGGGAAAUACGUGCUAUAUGAAUUCUAUCCUGCAGUUAUGUGGUCUGGCAAAUGGGCGCUGGUGUCUCCUUUUGCCAUGCUUCAUUCUGUGUGGAGACUAAUUCCAGCCUUCAGAGGAUACGCCCAACAAGAUGCUCAGGAAUUUCUCUGUGAACUUUUGGAUAAAGUGCAGCAGGAACUGGAGACUACAGGGACCAGAUACCCAGCUCUCAUCCCUGCUUCUCAAAGAAAACUUAUAAAACAAGUUUUGAAUGUGGUUAACAACAUUUUUCAUGGACAGCUAUUAAGUCAG